GUCGGAGAUUUCGGCUCUGCCUGCAGAGUGCCAAAUGGCGUGGACAAGGUGUGCAGCAAGUCCUUGGGGACCGUGAAUUUUUUGGCCCUCGAGUGCCUGGAACCCGAGGGCGACGGCAGCAUGCAAAGCCGCGAGCGAGAUGUGUUCGCGUUUGCCCGGCUCAUGUGGCAGGCGCUGACUGGGCAGAGGCCCUUCUUCGGUUGUUCCGCCAUCCAGGUGGUUCUGCUGGUCUCCCAAGGAUACAACCUCGAGUUGCAUCCUGCUGUGCCAGAGGCGUUCCGGAAGCUUUACGACGAUUGCGCGGCAGUGGCGCCAUCCAGGAGGCCAAGUUUCAGAGAGAUUCUGAUCUCACUGCGCAAUCUUGGGAGAGCAUUUUCGCGUGCCAGUGCCGCCCGAUUCUCGAUGCUCCGCACGGCCGGCAUCGGCCAGCUAGUGCUUAAAGUCUUUUGCGGGACGCAGCCACGCCCCAGUAAACGCUGGCCUUGA